AUGAGCAGCCAACACACACUGGAUGACCAGAAUAGGGUUAACGAAGCCACCAGACGCGACUUGCUCGUUAUGCACCAUAACUUCAACAACUCAAAUGAAUUCAUCACGAGCGUCCAGGCGUGGGCACACGCCCAAGGGUUCACAGUCUCCCGGACGGGAAAGAAUUUUUCCGAUCAUGAGGCGCUAUACGCUAUACUGCACGCACAAGGAAGAGGUGCGCAGUGGCCGGUCGACGUGCCGUGGCACAUCAAGUUCAGUUUUGACAAUUUUGGAGUCCUAGCGAGAAGGUACUUUGGCCAUGAGGCGCGGGUAUGGACAGCCCAUUAG